AUGGCAGCCAAGUCCAGAUUCACGAGGCUCGAUGCCUUCACCAAGACAGUCGAGGACGCGCGCAUCCGCACAACGUCGGGCGGCGUUGUGACGAUUGUGUCGCUGAUCGUGGUGCUUUACCUGGCCUGGGGCGAGUGGCUGGACUACCGACGGGUCAUCAUCCGCCCAGAGCUGGUCGUGGACAAGGGCCGAGGCGAGAGAAUGGAGAUUCACCUGAACAUCACGUUUCCGCGGAUUCCGUGCGAGCUGCUGACGCUCGACGUAAUGGACGUUUCGGGCGAGCAGCAGCACGGGGUGCAGCACGGAGUGCGCAUGGUGCGGCUGGAGCCGCAGAGCAGGGGCGGGUCCGAGAUCGAGGUGAAGACGCUGGAUCUGCACGCGGACGCGGCUUCACACCUGGACCCAGAGUACUGCGGCCCCUGCUACGGUGCGACGCCGCCGCAGCACGCGAUCAAGACGGGCUGCUGCAACACGUGUGACGAGGUGCGGGAGGCGUAUGCGUCGUCGUCGUGGGCCUUUGGCAAGGGCGAGAACGUGGAGCAGUGCCAGCGCGAGCACUACGCGGAACGCAUCGACGAGCAACGCCACGAGGGCUGCCGCAUUGAGGGUGGACUGCGCGUCAACAAGGUGGUGGGCAACUUCCACAUCGCGCCGGGCCGCAGCUUCAGCAACGGCAACAUGCACGUGCACGACCUCAAGAACUACUGGGACAUGCCGACGCCGAACCUGCACUCGUUCACGCACACGGUACACUCGCUGCGUUUUGGCCCGCAGCUGCCCGAGUCGCUGCAGAAGACGCUCGCUGGCGGCGGCGCCAAGGGACAGCCGUGGACGAACCACCACAUCAACCCGCUCGAUGGGGUGAUGCAGCAGACGUCCGACCCCAACUUCAACUACAUGUACUUUAUCAAGAUCGUGCCGACGUCGUACCUGGCGCUGGGCUGGGAGAAGACGUUCCGCGGCUUCGUCGACGACCAUGACUCGGCCGACGUCGGCUCCUACGGCCUGCUGGCCGAUGGCAGCGUCGAGACGCACCAGUACUCGGUCACGAGCCACAAGCGGAGCCUCCAGGGCGGCGACGAUGCUGCCGAGGGCCACCAGGAGCGUCUGCACGCGCGCGGCGGCAUCCCGGGCGUCUUCUUUUCUUAUGACAUCUCACCCAUGAAGGUGGUGAACCGCGAAGAGCGGGCCAAGACAUUUGCCGGCUUCCUGGCCGGUCUGUGUGCUAUCAUUGGCGGCACGCUGACCGUGGCUGCAGCCGUUGACCGGACCGUGUUUGAAGGCACGAUCCGACUGAAGAAGAUGCGGUCAAAGGACCUGUAG